AUGGUGGUCAACUUUAUGGGCACCCAGCGGUGGAUAUCGUCGUCGUGGGGGCUCCAAUUGAAAGUCAUGUCCAAGUGGCAGGCCUGGUUUGGCCCGGACCGCCAGUUGGCCGGGUACACGGAGGAGUACGCCGGCGGCCUCACGUUCAAGACGGUCAAGGGCGCCGGCCACAUGGUGCCCGCGACGCGGCCGCUGCAUGCGCUCUACAUGUUUGAGUGCUUUGUGUUUGGGACCGCCGCGUGCUCCAACUGGACGUACCCCCGCGACAACCUCGAGUACUUGAGCGGCGACGACGUUGCAUAUACCGAUGACAGCACGACCGACGCGACCGGCCAUGACGUUGUGCACGACCUGAGUCUGUACGGGAUGAUCGCUGUAUUUGCCGCGAUGGCGAUCGCUGUCAUGGCAAAAAAGCACUUGGACCGAACGACUGCGUAUGCGAAAUUGUAA